AUGUGCCACUGCCCACAAAAACUCUUCCGAAGCCCACCCCAGGAUUUUGGUCAAGUCAGAAGAAGGACGACAAUGAGUAGGUCUGGUUCUUCGAAGCCAGUGAGCAGUCUUGAAUCUGAAAAGAAGGAGGAUAAAAGCAAAGAUCAAGAUAAGAACUUCUUAGCCGUUCCACCUUUAUCGUUUGGCAAUGGUAAACCGCUGGCCUUUGGUACGGCAAAGGAUAACAAAUCAGAAACUUCGUCGACAUCUUCUGAUAACAAUAAGAAGGACGAUUCAGAGGUUCUAGAGAAGAAAAAACCAUUGACGUUCCCGAGCUUUGGUGCGAAGAAAGAUGAGGAAAGUUCAGAAAAAAAGCCAGCAUUAACAUUCUCCGCCUUCGGAGCUAAAAAGGAUGACGAAGGUGAAAAGAAAACCACUUUGACGUUCCCUUCGUUUGGAGGUGCAAAAGACGCUGAAAAAGAGGGCGAGAAAAAACCAACUCUUACUUUUCCAACGUUUGGAUCAACCACAACAACUACCAACGCGGCUGCUGGUGGAUUGAAGUUCUCGUUUGGUGCAUUGCCCAAGUCGAGCACUGAGGGAGUAGAGGAGAAGGGAGAGGAAGAAGAAUACGUUCCACCGAAAGCCGAAGUGGUUGAAAUAGAGGAGCCUGGCUCAACAUUUUCAUCCAAGUGCUCUGUGUUCAAACUUGUGGAGAAACAGUAUACAAAAUUAGGCGUUGGGAUGUUGCAUUUGAAGGAAGUUGAUGGGAAAAAGAGCGUUCUUGUGCGAGCUGCAACUGCAAUUGGUUAG